GUUUAUACAUUGGCGUAUUCUUCCUGUAGGAGGCGCCUUCGAUGAAAACCAAGAAUAAAUUCGUGAUUUUAUGGGGAGUUUCACACUGUCCUGGGGUUUGCUGUCGCAGUUGCUGCUAUUUCAUUUCAUAUUGACAAGGAUUUAUCCCCCAACAUGAAGCAUAUGUUCUUAUUAAUUUGCGUCUGUUUGUUCGCUUGUUGUGCUUCGGAUGUUAUAAGAGCAAGAAAAGUGUCUGCAGUUUUCUGUUCUUUCAAAGAGAAAACAUACAGUCCUGGAGACAGCUGGCAUCCUUAUCUGGAACCCUUUGGUUUCAUGUUUUGUAUGCGGUGUUCCUGCACUGAGACAGGCCAUGUGAAAUGUAACACAAUUAAGUGUCCUACUCUGCGGUGUGACAACCCAGUGACUGACUCUCAGCAGUGCUGCCCUCGCUGUACAGAUGAGCCUAGGAUUCCAGCAGGCUUGAGAGCCCCAGUGAAGUCCUGCAGGUAUAAUGGAACUUUCUACCAACCAGGGGAGACCUUUGCCAACCAUGACCUCUUCCCAUCUCGACAAACAAACCAGUGUGUCAUGUGCACAUGUUCAAAUGGAAAUAUUUUCUGUGCUCUGAAAACUUGCCAGCCGCUGACCUGCUCCUCACCAGUCUCAUUCCCAGAUACCUGCUGUCUGGUGUGCAAAGAUGGUGGCAUUAAUGGGUACUCAUCAGUGGAGGAUGUAGGCCAACAGCUGAACCGAGGCGUGAGGCAUUCAGUGGACCAGUGUGCUGGAGAGCAGUUCCGAGGGCGUUCUGUCCGCUCUACUCCAUCCACAGUCAGGGGUACUCCCAGAGGCCUGAGCCUGCCCAAGCUCCACUUCAAAGGUGCUGCAGAGACCACCGUGAAUUUCCUGCUGCAGAAAAAGCACCAGAAGGCAUGUCAGUACAGCGGCAACACCUACUCUCAUGGUGAUGUGUGGCAUCCAGUCCUGGGGAAGGUCCUGGAGUGCAUCCUGUGCACCUGUAAGGAUGGCAUACAGGACUGCAAACGCCUCUCAUGUCCCAGCCAAUAUCCAUGCCAAAAUCCCGUUAAAACCGAGGGAAAAUGCUGCAAGAUUUGUCCAGAACAUAAUGCUGAGAGCAACAGGACUGGCUGUUACAUAAACAUGAAUCUUGGACAUGACAAUAACAACCUCUUGGUGUACAAAGUUAAGCCAUCGUCAAAGGUUCACACAGAGGACACAGUUAGGAUAAUUGCUAUUGAAAGACAAGGGACUGCUGAAGUUGAAGUGCAAGUAUGGAAGACAGUAGGAGGAGUUUUACAAUUAAUGGAAACUGGGGAUGUUCUGAAGAAAGAUCUUCUAGAUAAUCCAGAUAACUACACUUUACUGGCAACAUUGGAUGAAGAGACUUGGAAAAGAUUCAAGGAGGAAGAAGACAAUCAGAAGGAAUUUCCCAAGACCAGGACCUGUGAGGAUGGAUUCAGGGAGGUAGUGAAGUUCUUGUACCCAGACCAGCUGGAAAGCCUGUGCUCUUCUUAACUCUCAUCCCCUGACUUUGACAUCAAUGGAAAAUGCACAGCAUUCAUAUGCAUUUCAUUAGACAUGAAACAUAGCACUGCUUAUUGGUUAUAGAAUAACAAGCUUUUGUUUAUUUUUAAAUGCCAUCAUAACUCAUUACAAUGUGAUGUUCCAUAUUCUCAGUAAAAAUUAGUCAGCAGAAUUGUCAACAUUGUUGGUAGCAUUUGGUAAUAGAAGAAACCAAAAUGGAAAAAAUACUUUAAAUGAAUUACAGUUGUAUCUCAUUUUUGUUUUCUGGCAUACUGGAAUACAGUAAAAACGGUAUUAUCUCAAAAAAUACAGGUGUACAUGUAUAUAAUAGAAAAAUACACUGGGCAAAUUAGACAGCCAUCUGUCAAAAACACCUUUAUAGAGUAAACCAUAUUUACAAUCACUUUACUGUUCUGAGAAAUACUGCUGUUUCAAAUUGUAUGCCUUUUCAGAAUGUACCGAGAAAUAUUCAUUAACAUAUUUAUUGUAAAUACAAAUAUGCUAACAGAUGUCAUUUUGAGGCAGAGCGUACAACAUUGGUUUGUUUGAAAUGUUUGUUUGUACAUUCUGUAGACAUUUGAGUGUGUACUGAAAGGCCUUGCCUGAGACACCAUGGCUUUAGUUCAUUGGGCUAUACUGCCCUACCAAGCAAAAAGGCAGUAACUGCUCAUUUGGUUGAAAAUGAGUUAAUGUCAUUAAAUACAUACUUAAUCAUGUGGACAAGUAUCCUGCCUCUAUUGUAUUGUGUUUUGAAGAAAAUGGGGGUAAUAUUAGCAGUAACUGCAUAAAGUUACAGUGAAACCAAGGUAAAUAAAAGCCAUUUUUCUCAGUUCCACGCUAUGAGCAGUUACAGCCUUUUUGCUUGGCAGGGCAGUAUACAUAUAGGGCUUUCCUCAGAGAAUGUGGGUUUGAUAUCUGGGCAUUGGUAUUGCCCUUUCUAUUAUGUUCUCUGAGGUGUUUAUCAUUAUUUUUGGCCAGUUUUCUACAGACCAAGUUUCCAUAGGAUUAUGUGUCAUUUCAGUACUUCAUGCAUCUUUUUCCCCUUUGCACAGUGGCAAGGCAUUCUUGCACGUGAAUGACAAGGCUAAAAGUUGGAGCCAACCAAAAAUAUGAUAUAGUUGAGCUCUACCUGAGGCAAGAAUUCCUGCACAAAUCAGGCUGUUGUUAUUCUUUGGACUACCCUCCAGUGAACCCAGUCGGACCAGGGAGAUUUCUGCUUUAUAAACUGUGCCUGUAAUUUGGAUUUGUGCUCCAGUGCUAUAGUUUGUUUUCUCAAGGGUUGUAAUGGCCUAACAGGAUGAGCACAACAAUAGAGCUCUGUUAAUUUGAUAUAAAUGUAGGUCAUCAGUUGGAAGGACACCAACAUUUUCCAAUACAGAGAACUGAAGAAGAAGAGAGGGCUCAGGGAGGAAUAAUAUUGAAAAAUAAGAAUAUUGUUGAUGGAGGACCCAGUCUUUUUAAAAAAGGUAUAGAGCAGGGUGUCCCAAACUCAGUCCUGCCCCUCAGGUGCACGUUUGUUUUUUUGCCCUAGUGCUACACAGUUGAUUCAAAUAACCAACUCAUCAUCAAGCUUUGAUUAUUUGAAUCAGCUGUGUAGUGCUAGGGCAAAAAACUAAACGUACACCCAGGGGGGGCCCAAGGACCGAGUUUGGGACACACUGGGAUACAGCACAACAGUAACAUGCUUGUCAAAUAGUUAGACACAAUUUGAUUAUUUGCACUAUGUAUAAUACACCAAACCCAAGAAAAAUAAAUCCUUGGUCUUUAAAAA